GUGUUCUUCGCUGACAAAGACUAGUUAAAUUUGGAAGUGAUUUCAAUCAUCAAUGCCACAUACUUCUCGUACAAACUCGCAGUUCUAUUACACACUUUACUUGAAGAAUGUAUAAUUUUACCGAAGCGGUAGUGGCAUGCAACGGCUCGACAGCAAUGAUUGAAUGCGGGGAGGAUACUACCAGCGAAGGCGGCUUCUUCGACCAGUACAUAGACGUCCUGUGGACCGUUGUCUGCAUCCUGGCCCUGUCGAAGCUGACACAGUUUUCGGAAUGGUAUUUCAACAAACGUUUAUUUUAUCGCAAGAACUACUACGACAUCUGCUCCAUGAAUCGCGAAUGGGAGCAGACACUUCAUCUGCAAGAGGACGACAAGCGACAGCUGUUUGAAGAGGUGAGGAUGCUCACCGAGAAGAACCUCAACCUGGAGCGAAUGAUAAAGGACUUGCGCGAUUGCAACAUCCACUUGAUCACCGAGAACUUUAUGCGCACAGUGCUACAGGAACAGAAGCAGCAGUCCGCCCAGCCGAAUAUCUACAUCACCAACAGCUACUUUCACCUCACUCGUCAGGUGUUCAUCAAUGAUUCAUGCAUGGACUUUAACGUUCGCAAUGCCGGUGGCAAGAAUCUCAGCUCCGGAGAUGCCAACGAGCAGGGAUUGAAUAUCUGGAUGCAGUACCUUAAGAUGCGCAAGUGCUACAUGGGCCCCAUUGCCGAUCCGAAUUUAGUAGCUCCCAGGAGCCCCGAGCCCAUUGUUAUGACCACUGAGCAGUUGGCCAAGUUGCAAGGCAUAAUGUAGUUGCUUUUAGCUCAGUUGCGCUGAACAGUGUAUGAUAAGAUUGUGUUAGUCAUUGGGAAAUUAUUAAAAUCCUCCAUAAAAAACAAUUAUUUUUGGGUAAAGCUUAUCUGUUGUUAUAAAUGAGAUAUACAAUUUGUUACACACUAAUAUAUAUGGAUAUUGAAUGGUUCAAAUUGGCAACGCGGUUAAAAAAAUAGUCUAUUAACAACACUGGUCACGAAAAUUCCGAUGAGCAGGAUCGUAGUAAAAUUGAAUUGUCCUGGGCGGAGAAUACAGAAAAUUGUCAGAUGAUUGUCGU